GAAGAGCACCAUAGAAGCACAACUCCAGCUCCUUAUACCAUUAUUGUUUUGUUAUCAAGAUAUCAUGAAGGUUGAAGUUGUAGUAAUCUCCAAGGAGAUUAUCAGACCAUCUUCUCCAACUCCUGAUCACCUUCGCACAUACCAACUUUCCUUUCUCGACCAGAUAUCUCCUCCGGUCUAUAAUCCUUUGGUCAUAUUCUAUUCCUCAUCAGAGCCCGAAACAAAAUUCGAUAUUGUUGAAAUAUCCAAUCAGCUUAAGAAAUCCCUAUCCAAUGCCUUGACUCAAUUCUACCCGCUAGCCGGACGUGCCCAAGGCAACUUGUUCAUAGACUGCAAUGACCAGGGAAUACCCUACUUGGAAACUAGAGUUAAGUGCCAACUUUCUGAUGUUAUUCAAAACCCAAUUCCUGUCGAACUUAACAAAUUCAUUCCAUUCCAACUAGAUGAAGUUGUUGAUAUUUCUUUCGGUGUCCAACUCAACAUCUUUGAGUGUGGUGGAAUAGCUCUCGGUCUGUGCAUUUCCCAUAAGAUUGCGGACGCAUUAUCGUUUUUCAAUUUCAUCAAAACUUGGGCAGCCACCGCUAGACAACAAAGUGAUCAUCUAGUGUGCCCACAAUUUGUAUCAGCCAAACUCUUCCCACCAAAGAACAUAUCUGGGUAUAGUCCAAGAGUUGGCAUCACAAAGGAGAACAUUGUAACCAGAAUGUUUGUCUUUGAGGCUUCAAAGAUAGAGACUCUCAAAUCAAAAUAUGGUGCUGGUGAUCACAGCAAGAGCUUAGAAAAUCACCAAAAGCCGCCUUCUCGUGUGGAGGCUUUAUCCGCUUUCAUAUGGAGCCGCUUCAUGGCUGCCACUCAGGUGAAGUCAGACAUUGCACCAAAGAGGAUCUACGCCAUUGUCCAUGCAGUAAACCUUCGUACGAGGAUUGAUCCGCCAUUGCCGGAACACUCAUUUGGAAAUCUAUACAGAAUUGCAAUGACAAUCCCAUCUUUGGAUAUCGGGGAGGAAUGCUAUGGCCUACUGAGUCAGGUGAGAGACCAAGUGAAGAAAAUCGACAAACACUACGUUGAAAACUUGCAGAAGGGCAGUGAGCAUUUGGAUUUCAUCAAACAGACCUCUGAUAAUGUCUUCAAAGGAGAGAUGGUAACACUGAACUUCACCAGCCUGUGUAGGUUUCCACUGUAUGAAGCUGAUUUUGGAUGGGGAAACCCUACUUGGGUUGGCUCGCCAGCCCUAACUUUCAAUAAUUUGGUUGUUUUCAUCGACGCUAAGUCUGGUGGUGGGAUUGAAGCAUACAUUAAUAUGAAGGAAGAAGACUUGGCUAAAAUUGAAGGCGAUGGUGAGUUCCUUGCCUUUGUUUCUCCAAAUGUGUAGUGAAGAAUGCGUUGAGUACUUCGGAGGAAAUAAAUAAGAAGAAGAAAAAUAAAAUGUGUUGGAACUAUAUCAUACAAUAUUCUGUAGGCUGUAAAUGAGGAGUCUAUUCGUGAUUUGCCCAAAAGAAAAAGAAUGCAUAGACUCAUUUGAAGUCAAAUUAAUUGUGUCUGUGAGAUUUGAAAUUUGAGUAAGGAUGAGUGUUCUUCAAAUUGUGUUUUGUACGUGUUUUGUUAUGCUUAUGAAUUUGUACUUUCUUUUUAACUCAGUCAACGUAAUGAAUAAUUACACGUUUUAGGCAA